AUGGAGAAUAAUAAUGAAACAGCAGCAGCAGCAGCAGCAGGAGUGCAAGUGCAAGGUGUGAGGAGGAUGAAGAGGGCGGAGAUUGAUACAAGGCAACCAUUCCGAUCUGUCAAAGAAGCUGUUUCAUUGUUCGGUGAAAAGUUUCUUGCAGGGGAACUCUAUGCCACCCAGCUCAAACAGAUGCAGAAUGGAGCACAUGAAAAUGGGCAUCGGCAUGGCCCUGCAUCCAGAAUUGGAAGCGUGACAGCGGAGCUAGAGGAGACAAAACAAAGCCUCCAAAAAGCCAGAGAAGAAAGCGAGCUCAUGGAAAAUUGCCUUUCAUCUCUAAAACAGGAGCUUGAACUGACAAAGCGAGAGCUCCAUCAGUUGAAGGAAAGGGAAUAUGAGAAACAGUUUGUAGAAGCGGAGAUCAUCGAAGACGUUAGGAAUAUCGUUGAAGACUCAGACUCAACCAAGUUUGAAAUGAAAACACAGACAUCUGAUGAGGAAGAAGGAAGCUUUGAGUUUCAUAACAAAAGAUAUGUGACAUUUGCAAAUCCACCUUCCCUUGCGCAAGUAAAGAUUGCGCAAGGUUUAGGUGUAGAUGAAAAAUUGCAAAGACACCCUUCUCUUUCUCUCAAGAAGAAGAAAAACAAGCAUUUCAUUCCUCUAAUAGCUGGGAUGUUUUCUAAGAAGAAAGGAGGCCCACAAGUAGCCUAUCCUUGA